CGGGGGAAAGUAUCUUUGUAGUGCACUGAAAGAAUAGAUAUGUAUGUUUAGAUGGUUAAGGUUACCCAGAGGCGGCAGUUACCCACCCCCGACGAGAAAGCUUCUCAUUAGGGUCCUUUCCCACACGGACAUUUCCCCCCUAGGGCAUUCUUUCCCUCAGGGAUUUCCACCUCAGGGAUGCUUCUCCCCAGGGCCUUCUUUCCCUCAGGGGCUUUCCACCCCAGGGACAUUUCCCCCCAGGGCCUUCUUUCCCUCGGCUUCUUCGGGGUUUAUUCAACGGCCCGUUAGUAAGAUAUACACAGGCCACGUGACUGUGCGUAUAUCUUAUCACGUACGUAUUGAACUUUUCAUCGUUUCCGAGCCCGAGAUGCUUUGUGUAUGUCGCCAGCCACGAGUGGCUGGGUGGACGACCAACCAGGUCUCGUCCAUCCAAAUUCGUACGACCUAAUCGGCCUGAAGAACAUGCGCUCUGAGACCACUCUGAUGAUACAUAGUGCGCGUUGGCCAUGUUCCGCUUAUGGAGUAGAUGAUAAUCAAUAUUGUUCCGAGAGCACAGAUAUUGGUACCGGACGUGGCAAGAUAUUCUAAGGGCGUGCCAAAGGUGCAUUUUCUAUAACACACUCGGGUCUGUUGAACACGGCCCAUCACAGGGAAGUAUCUUGCCGUAGAAGAGCAUAUAUACACUCAGAGCGGACUAUCAGGAUAGUCUAUCGUACGCUUAGGCGAUUCUUUUCUUAGACGUGUCU